AUGACUUCUCCUAGAGAUAGUGUCUCAUUUGGUGACUUACCAAAACCAGAACCUCGUCAUAUUGUGCGUCCCAAUUCUACCUUAGGCAAUCGAGACAAUCAUCUGCUUCCCCCCAUUAUUACCAAUGUUCGCCAGGCAAUCUCCGCUCCGAGUACACCUGUAACGAAACACCUUACUCCUGUGGGCAUGACAACCCGUCAGCAAGCUGAAGCUGCACAUUUUUCGCAACCAGAGUAUGACGAGUACCGUCACAGUCGGACCCAGAGUCUUUCUUCUCCUCCUCCUAGCCCUCACUUUCUGAAACGUAUCUCCUUUGACACGUUCAGCAACAAGCAGGGACCGGAUUUCUGCUUGACACUCAAAACACAGCAUCAGGGAUUCAAGUGGACGCGAAACUCACGGACGUUUUUGUGUGGUGUGGACGAGAAUUCUUACUCUGAAUUUGCUGUUGACUGGCUGUUCGAGACACUACUGGCUGACAAUGACGAGGUCGUUGUCCUCCGUGUCAUUGAUUCUUCCGGUAAGAUACCAGAUGCAACCGAGGAUGAAUCGUAUUAUCAAAGUAUGGCUGAAGGAAUGAUGACUUCCCUUAUCAAGAAAAUUGAUGACGAUAAAGCCGUCUCCAUCACAGUCGAGCUUGUUAUAGGAAAGCCUCAAGACGUGAUUCUCCGUACCAUCCACGUCUACUCGCCCGACAGUCUUAUUGUCGGCACUCGCGGCAAGGGUUUAAGCGGAUUUCAGUCACUUCUGUCGCCCGGCAGUAUCUCUAAAUUUUGCUUGCAAAAGAGCCCUAUUCCUGUAAUUGUCGUGCGGCCCGACAGAAAACGUCAACGCUCUAAGAACAAGCGUAUGAAGGAUCCUUCAAGAAAAUCUUAUGUGGACAUCCUCGAGAAGAGUGUACGGUCACACAAGUAA